AUGAAGGCAACUGGUGCUUUCCUGCUCUUCUCCCUGGCACUCUGCUGCUACCAAGGAAACGCCGAGAUGGAUGGAGCUGCUGACAAAGAAACAGAGGCAGCUUGUGGCGAUUAUUACCUAAGAAAUAGUUGCACAAAGAUCUUCGACCCUGUCUGCGGCACAGACAACGUCCUGUACAGCAACGAGUGUAUGUUGUGCUUUCAGAACCUGCAAAGAAACGCUAAUGUGCGCAUAAAGAACAGGGGAAUGUGCCAGAAGGCCUCUCCACGCUCCGACUCCACUCAAAACUAAAAGGUACAACUGUUCCAGAGAAGAUAGCACAAAGCUAUCCCUCACCUCUACAACCUCCUAAUAAAAUGGGAGCAUUGCCAUGUCUUGCACUGG